AUGGCAGCUUUGAAUUCAAUCGGGCUCUUCACGCAGGCUGGCUGGCUCUACGAAGGCAACUACCCGGAAUGGCGGUCGCGUAUCGCAGCUCUGGACGCGCUGGAAAAUCGCGCGCGCGGGAGUACUUACCAGGAGUUAUUCUUCGAGCGGGAAGACCGACUGAAGGCCUUGAUGCUCGAGAAUCUUUCGCCUCAACUCCUGGAUCGUGUACCAGACCAAGAUCGCGACACAUUUCAGUGUCUGGAAGCCGCCCUGCUCGCUCGUUGCCGGCCUUUUCAACUCUUUGGCCUGCCGGUCGAGAUCAGAAGCGCGAUGUAUGGGUAUAAUAUGCGCAUACGCUAUGACCUGCAGCAUGGGCUUGCCAAGGUCAGUGGGCGAAAGGCCUUCUUCCCGCCACUGCUCUAUAGCUCGAGCGCCGUACGGACGGAAGCACUACCGGUUUUCUUUUCCCAAACCCUGUUCUCUCACCAAAACCUCGUCCCUCACCAACCCAACAUUAUCAACGAGGUGGUGCGCUUCUUUGGAGUCAUCGAGAAGCGCUGUUACAGACAUCUGCGACGGUUUAUGGCGCGGUGUUACAUCGACGAUUACAUGAUUUGUUUCGAUGUUACGAUCACCUACCAUCCAGGGGUGGGGCUGGACGUGAAGUUCUCUGACGAUGAAACCCGUGAAGACGGCGAAGAAGUCAUGGACGAGGCGUUGAGGGAGAGGAUCUGA